AACUUUUUCGCAGUCGAAAGCACGCCACGUCUUUCUCGUUCAUUUUAUGUGUGGUUAGUUAUCGCCUGUAAAAGAACGGUGUAGAAAUAAAUACGUUCGUUGUGAGCUGGUGCUACCAGGGUAUCUUCCGCCGUGGUGAAAAUGGAUGUUUUACGACCAACACUAAUAAAUAUCAAUGGAAGAAUUUACAGGAAAAAUGUAAUCAAAGAACACGUUUAUCAAGAGGAAGAUGGUGAUGAAUUUUCUUACACAGGAACAGACUCUGCGCAGUGUGCCGAUGAACCCUGCGAUAUGGUCUCUGUGGAAGAAACCGAGAAGGGCUUCCGCUGUGCCAUGGACAUGCCCAGUGUCCUUUACAAGUAUAUUAUUGGCAAGAAAGGAGAAACGAGAAAAAGACUCGAAACAGAAACCAAAACCAGCAUCGCCAUUCCCAAGCCGGGGGUGGAGGGGAAGAUCGUGAUCACAGGGCAGCAGAGGUCGGCGGUGACGUCGGCGGUGACGCGCAUAGAGCUCCUGGUGGAGAGCUUCAGGGCCAAGCAGCCUUUCACGCACUUCCUCUCGUUCGCUUUGAAUCACGCGCUGAUUCAGGAACACGUCCUGAAGUUUAAGGAAGACGUUCUGGAGCACUGCUCCCAGGACCGCGGCGUGGACGACAGCAUCUUCCAGAACCCCGCCAAGCUUCACCUGACCGUGGGGACCCUCACGCUGCUCAGUGACGGCGAGGUGGACAGGGCUCGCCAGCUGCUCCUGCAGUGCCAGGACCUCAUCAGGGACAUCGCAGGAGGGAAGCCGAUUUCUCUCAUGGUGGGGGGGAUCGAAUACAUGAACGAUGACCCCGCCAUGGUGGAUGUCCUUUACGCUAAAGUUCAACCCAAGGACGGGUCUGACCGGUUGCAGGUGAUCGCUGACCGGCUGGUGGAGCACUUCGUGUCGGCGGGGAUGAUGGCAAAGCAGUGGGACAGGGUGAAGCUGCACGCCACUGUGAUGAACACGCUCUUCAGGAAGGACUCUUCAGCUGAAGACAAGGGUAAUGCAGGGAGACCAAACGUGAAAGACCGGGAAUCAUUUGAUGCACGAAAUAUAUUGAGGAUGUUUGGCAGUUAUGGUUUUGGCGAGUUUGAUCUGAAUGCUGUCCAGAUUUCCCAGAGGUAUUCUACGGACAGCUCUGGUUUCUACAUGUCAGCUGGCAGCGUCACGUUCUCCUGAUGACCCUCCGCUCUCGACACCUGCUGGGGGAGAGGAAGCCGGAGCUGCGGAAGAACAUAAACGCUCAAACCACGUCCAGGCUGCAGUAACGCACUCGCUCUUAAACGUAUCCGUGAAACAGAGUGAACAUAUCCUUCUGUUUAUGAUUCUGUUAAUUGCGGCAGUUGCAAACAACCUGCUUUUUCUGUGGAUAAGUCUUAGACAUCGUGUUUAUGUUUUCUGAGGGGGGUGUGAUUUUUGUUUUGGUUAUUUAUGCACGCAGGAUCCUUGUCAGUCCAGCAGAUGUCACUGUAGAGUGCAGUUUUUUUUUUGUAAGCUGUGAGAAAGGUCCCAGGGCUGCAUAUAAAAUCUGAAUUAAUACAGCAAAUUUAUAAAUAUUGAAAUGAAUUAAAUUAGUGACAUUUAAAGAUUUAGGCUUAAAUAUGUUUUUAUGGAACACUUGAUGAUUUUAAUUUGUGAACAAUUCUAAUUAAAUCUCUCGGCUGGCCUGGGAACGCCUUGGUAA